UAUUAUUUAAUGCCUUGUAUUUUAUUUCUUCAAAAUUAUACUUAUUUUAUGUUUCUCCACAUAAGGUUGGUAAGAUUGAAUGGUAAUGGUGUAUAGUUGAUACUUUGAUACAUGCUUAAAAAUUUAUGGAGUAAAAUAGGCGGCGACGCGGAAAAUGUAUAUACUACUAUGCUACAAUUUACUUAAUUUAUAAUUUUAUAAAAAAUUUAGCGCGCAUGACGGAAAGUGUUUUUUAUGACAAGGACAAAAUAUACAACGUAUAAGGUAGAACGUGAAAAUUUAGUACGCCACGUGACUGCAUAGGUUAAGGUGAAGAUACUCUAACCGGUCGGCGGGAGAUGAACUUUGCUCUCAGUUUUUAUAUGUUCUUCACAUAAAACAUGGAAUUUGACUUAUUAUUCAAUUUUAUGUCAAUAUUUAUCAUCACUUUAUUAAUAGUUGUCACAGUCAUCACCGUCUUCCAAAAACUUAAGUAAGUAUUUAUUCUGUUUCCCUCUAAUUACAGUCAUGAUUAUAUCAUAUUUUUUUAUAUGUUAGAUUAAGAUGGCCCAUAAAAGUAAACUGCUGGUUUUGCAACAAAGAUAUAAAGAUUUGGCGGCAACAACUAAAUUGGUGGAUGUGUCCAUAUUGUGAACAAUAUAAUGGCUUUUCUAAGGUUGAAUUAAUUGAUUUAUUAAAUAUUUUUAAAGCUAUUGGAAUAUCUUAACAUAAGAAACAGGCUACCUAUGUGAUAUCUUUUACAAUUCCAUAUAUGUUUUGGAAUAUUAUUCCUAUAUUUUCUUCCAUGUCAAAUUCUAGAAUGGUGAUUAUGCAUAUACUAUACCAGAACAAUACAAGACAUCUUCACAUGAAAUGAAAAGAUACUGUACAAUCAACCAGGGUACAACAACCAAUCAAGGUGCAAAUAAUGGUCUCUGCAAACAAUGUAACAUGAAUGAAAGUUUAAAAAUAUCAAAAUUAUCUGAUUAUGUACCAAAAAAUGAAAGAAAUUACGAAUAUGAAAUGAAAAAGUUUAAAGAUAGCUUAGAACAACAAUAUCCAUUGUGUGCAAAAUGUAAAAGUACAGUAAAUAACGUAUUAUAUAAGCAAGCAUUAUGGCUUGCACAAUAUAAAAUGUUGUUAUUUAAACAAAAACCAUUUUGUAUAAUUGCUAAUAAUUCAAAAUAUUUCGAACUAAUAUGCAGAAUAAUUUCAACUAUAUUAGGAUCUAUGGUAGUGUAUAACAUGGAAUUCAUAUUCUUCCCAAUUGGAGGAUUAUUUUUUCAAUUUUGUGCCUGUUGGAUACCUUCUACAAAAAAACAAAGUUCUGAUAUAUUACUUAUGUUUUUAUGGAUUUGUAUGAUUAUACUCUUACCCUUUAAAGACAUUAAAUUAAUUACAACAGAUUUUCAGAAUUCGUGGUUUGUUCUGGAAUAUAUAACUCAGUAUCAUAUGAUGAUAUUAUUUAUUUCAAUCAUAGGCUUUAUAAAUGUCAUGCCUAAGUCAUAUAGAAGUACAGUAAAUAAAAAUAUGUCAUUUAAAAAAAUUGAAUCUUCUCCAAAAAAUACAGUAUUAUUUGAUUCAUGUACAGCAACUUCAAAUAAUAAGCACAAUCUUGAUGUCAAUGUUAAAACUGCUAAUAAUAUAAACAAAACUGCCAGCAAUUUAACACCAAAUACAAUGAAAGAUUAUAUGUCUCCUUAUGCGGAAAAUUCAAUAAAUUGUAAAUCUACAAUUUCCCAAAGUUUAUUCACAAAUGCGGCAUCACAGUGUUCACCAAUGUCUAUUAACAAUAAUAAUGCAGUAUUCAAUUCUCCACCUGUAUAUAAAAAGAGUAUGAUAGAGAGCAAUUACUCAUUGAAUGACAGUUUGAGGACAUUAAGCAUAUUAUCACUGGGUGAAGAUAAACCAAAAUAUUCAACUAAAAUGCCUAAGAUUUUUGAAACGAAGGUGUAUAGUACAAAAAGUUCCGAACUUUUUAAGAAGGCUGGUAAAAAAAAUAUUUUAUCACCACCAAAACUAAAAUCAGUUAUGCAAACAUCCUGGAUAGCUGGUGGUUAUUGGCAGGAAAGUAUAGAUGCACCAUCAUUGUCCAGAUCAUCCAGUCAAAGUUCUGGUUUUUGUUCUGUGGGUUCUAAUUUUGGUCCAUCUAGAGAACCAUCCAUACAUGAGUUUGAUCAAUGUUCAGUUAUGUCAGAUGCGACACAAUCCUGUCAUACACUAAGGCAAACUAAUAGUCCUGUUGGGUCUUUUUCUCAAUAUAAUCUUCAAUUUCCAUUGUCGGAAUCAAGAAAUCAAUCAAUUAAUAACCAAACAAUGAAACUUGCAUCAACCAAUCUUUGUACACCACAAACAUCAUUAUCUCAAAAUAACAAAAGAAAUAAUUCAACUUUUAUAGAUCAAUGUUCACAAAGACAAAACAUGGAUAUGAAUGAUAUUAAAAGUCCCUCUGAAAUGCAGCCGUUUCCUAGUCACGCCACUAUUGUAACAAAUCCCGUUUGGUUACCAGUUCUUUUAUGUGGUUCACUUGUAUUAAACAUAAUAGUAUUAUGUACUACUUUGUUACGUUAGAUAGGGUAUAUCAUACAUUUUUUACGAUCUUCCUAAAUUUAUAUUUGCCACAUACAUUUAUACGUAUUUUAGUUAUUAGUUACAAAAUAAGUUAAUCACUAUUUUUCAAGCAAUUGAUUACUAUUUUAAAAAAUAGUAUUUUUUAAAAUUUCUAUUUUAAUGGAUAGUAAUCAAUAAUAUUUCAACCUAUUUAUAAAUAAGCGAUGUACUGCCAGUAUAAAGUUUUCUAUUGUUAUCACUCACUUUUUUAUUUCACAUAAAUAAUUGUAAAUAAAUAUUAUUUUUUUUAUACGCAGUUUAUAAAGUAUCAAAUUUGAACAAUAAUGUUAAGUUGAACGCAUAAUAGUGGAAAAUAGAAUACUGGUUUGACGGAAAAUUAAUUAUUACCGUUCUAAACUGUCAAUCUUGUGAUAAAAAAAUGUUCUCCGUGUGUGUUCACUAGUAAGAUAUAUAUGUAACUCAACAAAUUUAAGAAUUAAUGAAAUAAUGUGAAAUUGCGUUCACUUUGUAUCGAUAAUAUUUGAUUUUUUUUUAACUUUACUAUUAUAUUUGUGAAUACGAAAAAAAGCUGUUUUGAACACACAAAAAGUUAUGUAUAUAUAUAUAAGUAAUGAAAUUUAAAGUGUUCUGUGUAUUUGUAAGAAUAUAUAUGAUGUUUAUUGUGUUAAGAUGUGAUGUUAAAGUAACUUAAUAAAAUAAAUAUUGUAAUAUCUUCAACCGAGAUAUUACAUUUUUGUUAAAAUUUGUAACAAAUUAAUUAAUGGACAAAUAUAUUUUAUAUUAUCAUAUUCUCAA